AUGACCAAAAGAAAUGAGACACAGUUGAGUGAAUUUAUUCUCUUGGGAUUUUCUGCAAACCGCCAACCUUUCCUUUUUGCAAUCUUUCUAAUAAUUUAUUUUUUUACCUUAAUGGGGAACAUAAUAAUAAUUCUGACUGUGACCAGAGAAUCACAGCUCCAUUCCCCAAUGUAUCUUUUUCUCCGCAAUUUGUCCAUUACUGAAAUCUUCUAUAUUUCGGUGACAGUGCCUCGAAUGCUUAGAGACUUUUUACAUGUGGAUAAAGGCAUCUCAUUCAUAGGAUGUGCAGUUCAGCUUUACUUCUUCUGUUUCCUUGGCACAACAGAGUGCUUCCUUCUUGCAUUCAUGGCGUAUGAUCGAUUUGUGGCUAUUUGUCAUCCACUUCACUACAUGACCAUAAUGACUAAAUCUAAGUGUUCAGAACUUUCUUUGGGGUCUUGGCUAUCUGGGAUCUUUUUAUCUUUGAUUCAGAUUUCUUAUGUUUUUAAUUUGCCUUUUUGUUCUUCAAAUAUCAUUGACCAUUACUUUUGUGACAUACUGCCGGUGGUAAAGUUGGCCUGUGCUGACACCUUUGCUAAUGAGAUUGCUAUUUUGGUAUAUGGCUCUCUGGUUAUACCUUUUCCAUUUCUGUUAAUUUUUGUCUCCUAUGUGUGUAUUAUUAACAGUAUAUUAAAAAUUCCUUCCUCUAUUGGGAGGAAAAAAGUGUUUUCUACAUGUGGGUCUCACCUUACAUCUGUGACUUUAUUCUACGGAACAGCUACUAUAACCUAUCUGAAGACAAAAUCCAUUGAAUCAUAUGGAGGGGCAAAAUUUAUGUCUCUGCUUUAUGCUGUCUUCAUCCCUAUGCUUAACCCAGUAAUUUAUAGUUUGAGGAAUUCGGUAAUUAAGAAUGCUAUGUGUAGGUUGAGGAAACUAUGA